AUGUUCCCCCAAAGGAAAUUUCAAUCGCUAAUAAUCCGAGAAGAUCAGCGUAGAUUCAAACGGCGCCGCUAUGUCCAGGGCAGAAGGAAGUCCCUACCUUACACUUUCAGGGAAAAGAUCAAGAAGUACUUGGUGCUGUUUCUGGAAACUUCAUCGAUACAUGGCUUGAACCAUCUUGUCGCAGUUGGGAGACAUCCUUGUGAAAUCUUCCUCUGGUUCACAAUGGUGUUCCUGUCAGUAUUUGGAACUGUGUACCUCUCGUGGAGCACCUGGGCUCGCUACCAGUCCUCACCAACCGUGGUGUCCAUGGAACGAGACAUGUACUCCUGGAAUACCACAUUCCCUUGCGUCACCCUCUGUCCUGAAGAGAAGCUUGAUCCCACGAGGUUGGAUACUUACCUCGAAUCCUUACAUGAAGACGAUAAAGAGAAUUUCAAAAAAUUCAUAAAGACAUUAGCGAAUACUACUUUCGAAAACUUUAACACGGUACCCGAAUACAAAGGCAUAGAUCCUGACGAUUACUUGGAACUUCUGCUCAAUUUAUCAGCUUUAUUCAAGCCAACUCUGGUGACCAGCACUUCUGGAUUUGACCUGCAAAUUAUUCCCACAAUCACUGAGAUGGGACUGUGCUAUACCAUUAAUUCAAAAGUUGCCAUAUAUAAUACCCCUGAAUAUAGGAAAGCAAAUAGAUGGGACGUUGUCAAAUCCAACACUUCAUUUAAUGUCCAUCCGUUAGACGGGGAAGUUUUUUCUCAAGUCAAUAUAACGCAUUCGUAUUUUGCUUAUAUCCACGGCCCGUAUGAGGCUCCAGAUAUCACUGCACAGCAUUAUCAUUCACCAGAGUUUUUAUAUAUGACACUUUAUGUCCAUACAAUAGCUGUGUACACUUCACCAGAAGCUGCAAGAUUAACUUUAGCCCAACGUGGCUGCCGUUUUCACUACGAGAAUAAUCUAAAGCACAACCCUGUGUACUCGUACAAUUUUUGUCGUACCGAGUGCAGAAUACAGCUUUCACUCAAAUAUUGCCAGUGCAUUCCUUACUUCUACAGGAAGAUCGAUGAUGAAAAAAUAUGCAAUGUUAAGGGACUACAUUGUUUACAUAAGCAUAAAGAUAUAAUUUUAGGAUUGAGAGACCAAGACGGGAAGAAAGUUAACUGUUCAUGUCCUCCCCUUUGUAAUGACGUAAACUAUAUUAUCAGUAUGCAUUCGCUUCAGGGAUGGGCGAUAGGUACUACAACACUCCAAUGGGGUAUGGUUGCGUAUCCCAGGAUGAGAUUUAAACGUGAUAUUAUCUUUGGUUUUACCGACGUCUUGGUGGCAGUUGGUGGAAUGGCGGGACUUUUUCUUGGCUGUAGUGUCCUGAGCUUCGCAGAAAUCAUAUAUUUUUUCACUUUGCGACUCAUCUGUUAUACGAAAACCAAUAUCAAAAAAUAG